AUGAUUGAUUUUCGAAGUUUUGGCACACCAUUUUUUGAGGUUUUGGCCCCAAACCUUCUGGGCCUUGCGGUUUUGUUCUUUGAGUGUUUGAGAGUGAUUCUUUGGGAUUUUGCAUUGAAUCCUUUUGGUGAUUUGAGUGAGGUGUUAACAAUGUUUGCAGCAGCCUUGCUGGAGAAACAAAUCAUUGUUGUUUGUUCUAAUUUGGGAAUCUUAUCUGCGUCAGUUUUGUCUAUUAUCCCUCUAAUACGUCCCUACCAAUGGCAAAGCCUGCUAAUGCCAGUUUUGCCAAAUGACAUGCUGGACUUCCUUGAUGCACCUGUUCCAUACAUAGUUGGUGUAAAGAACAAAACCAGUGAAGUGCAGUCAAAGUUGACCAGUGCCAUUCUGGUUGAUGUGAACAAGAACCAGGUAAAGGCACCAUCAAUACCACAAUUACCACAACACAAGGAGUUAUUUGCAUCCUUAAGUCCUUAUCAUGCAAAGCUUGUGGGAGAAAGUUAUUUGGGGAAGAAAAGACCAGUUUAUGAAUGCACAGAUGUGCAGAUUGAAGCUGCAAAGGGUUUUCUAGCAGUGUUAAGAUCUUAUUUGGAUUCACUUUGCUCUAAUCUUCGCUCGCAUACAAUUACAAAUGUACAAUCAAAUAAUGAUAAGGUGUCAUUGCUUUUAAAGGAGAGUUUCAUCGACUCAUACACUAGUCGUGAACGACCAUUUAUGAAGCUUUUUGUGGACACACAGCUUUUCUCUGUACAUACGGAUCUUGUUCUCUCAUUUAUCCAGAAGCAAUAGUGCUGUUAUGCAACUAUGGCCUCCAAUUGUAUUUUUGUUGCAACUUGAACGCAAGUUCAGAUAUGUAUGAACUGUUUAUUUAUAUUAGUUAGAUUUUAGUGUAGUUCAAAGUUGCUAUUUCUUAUGAUUAAUAGCAGAAAGUGUAAUAAAAACAAAAUCUCACUGCUUUAUCAAACACACUUGAAUAGUUUUGAUCAUGAAUUUUGUCAGCUUUAUUCCUAAAAUGAGUAUACAAAAUUUAUUAAGAUAAACCAAUUUUUGAGGUUAUCGUUGUAUCCUAGAUGUUGUAUUACUUGUGCCACUCAAUAAAGCUUAAUCGUUGUCAAUUUGAUUGGAUUGACAGCACAUUUAUCUU